AUGACAGCGAUCGUCUUCGCAUUCCUCGGAGGGCUCGUCGUCCUGGUCACUGCUGCAAGACUGCUCGCUCUCGCAGAGUCGUCUGGAAGGGGCUCAUUCGGGCUUCUCCGCCAGAUGCUGGCGCUGAAGCGCCGCGUGUCUUCGCACACCCGACACCAACGACGGAGAAGAUUUGAGAAGCUGGAGGCGUCCGUGCACAGGCGGUGCUGCGAUGAUGCCCGUUCGGCCUGGUUUCAACCUCUUAUAAACUCUGCCUUCACCCUCUCUCCCGCGCUACUAUGGAUUCAAAGUCGCUUGUCAGUACGGCCCGCAGAGCCGCCUCCUCCGCAGAUUGAGCUGGAUAGGGUGCACGUAACAACACCUCGGAAGGGUCUAUACCACUGGAAAACCGUCGACACGAUAUCUAUAAGAUGGUGGAGGAUUCUAUAUAUAAAACAGAGGACUGAAGGCCAAGAAACCACCAAAAAAGCGGUGUGGUUCCUCUCUCGGAGCGACUUUGAAUCUAUAGUAAGACGGGAUCCUGCCGUCUUCGCGCCCGCCCCGCCCCGCCUUACCGAGCGCACCGUACCUGAAGCGAGGCCAGGCCGACACGAAAAUGCGCAUCAGCAGCUCCAGCACACAGCACAGCGCAUACAGAUGGUUUGGUUUCACCCUCUAUCACGCGUGCUGUGUUCCUGCAUUGCGCGACUCGUGCUCCUUCCUCCUCGUUGCACAUGUUGUACGGGCACUAUUAGCAUUCGCAUUGUUUUGCCCUCCAUCCAUCUCGUGCGUCUGGAUACCUGGGCCGCAUGCUGCAGAAGCAAGUCCCUUAAAGCUGAACUUGCGCCCCGAGCGGCGAACCGUCUUGGGCAAUGGAGUCUACUUUCCACCAAGAUCGUCAUCGCAUUUCCAUUCCCGAAGUCGCGCGCAAGACCGCACUUCUACGACAAUGCCCGCGCUGAGCAUGCUGUGAUCGCGAAAACGACCAAGCCAUCACAGCCGUGGUACUGCACGUCAGAUCAGCCGUUCACUGCGAUUGCCUUCACAGCGUCGAAGCUACCCUCCAGCUACAGGUACCUUCACGUCAUGAAACUUAUUAGCUACAUGUAUCGGCUGCAGACGCCACGCAUUCCGAUGCAGACGAUAGAGCUCGCCCUCUUAUCGCACCACGAGAGCGGCGCAUGCACUCGACAAGUAAAUUUUCAGCUCCAUCAGCCAUGGCUUGAGUGUGCGGACCGGGAUGUAUACAGCUUCACCGGCCUACCGUCGAAAGGAGCCUCGAUUGGAAAUUUGAGCAUAGUAUGCGCAUCCAGCUUACCGAGACGUGUUUUCGGUGUAUCUAGACUGAUCUCACCUGCCGUAGACCACUUCACCGAUCGAUCCAUCGCCCUCCACGCGACGCGAAUCGCACUGGCUCACCUCUUCACGCUUCUCUCUGCCUCGGCGAAUGCGCUCUCGAUCUCGUCAGCCAGGAACAGCAGCAAUGGCGGGAGGCACGCGCGAAUCCCGAACCAGCCUGCUGACAAAAAGUCAUGGGAGAACAUGCCUGAGUUCAUGAAUAAAGAUGAUCUAAUUACGCUAAUACAUAUACGAAUGUCUGAAGGCUCCAGAACGUUGCGCAAGAAGUUGCUCUUCAAACGUACUAGAGAAAAUGGUUUUCAGCUAUGGCACGAGCGGAUUGAAGCGCCUGUAUCUCAGAAUGCCAGCAAACACUGCAGGGACCUCAGGGAGCUAUGUGGACAGAAAGUACCCACUGCCUUUGGCCAUGUGAACAACAACACCGAAAGACCCAAAGCUUUACGAAAACUUAGAGAGCCGUUGAAGCCGCCUCUCCCUGUCCACCUUUCCAACAUGUCUCUUUACCGCAUCCAUCCUCUAGGUCCAUGCUCCUCUGUCUUGGGUCUUUCCGGUCGCAAACUUGAGAGGAUAGUGCAAUGGAUCGUCUUUCCACCUCAGCGGCGGCUUAUGAGGAGGCCAGCCUGGCAGCAUGCAAUGCAAUAUGCGAAAUGCUCGCACAUCAGAGCUGAUUAUUUGGAGCGCCACGAAAUCCUUGAAGCACACAUGUUGACGGUGGUCUGCCUCCAUCUCAGGCUAUUUUCGCUUUGUGCUCGUGACUUCCUUCAUGUUCUACGUGCACCGGAUCUCGGCCUUAGCGAAGCGCCUGAAGACAAACUGCACUAA